AUGACGUGCUCCAUAUCGUCUCCCCUCCUCCUCCUCCUCCUCCUCUCCUCGAGUUUGGAGCGUAUUCAGGUGGCAAAACGUUCCCUCAUUUCCACAUUUCCAUGUGCUCUCUUCAUGCCACCUUCCGUCAAGACCUGCUUGGCUGUGUUUAGCACUUGCAAAACCACUGACGGGCAAGCUUUAGCCUCAGCUACCCGUGUGAAUACUGACACUGUCUACUUUCUUCUCACCAUUACAGCGAACGACGUGGUCGCCAACUGGUACCAGGAGGCAUCUCGAUUCAAGUACGGACGCGAGCCCGUCAGCAUACAGGGGAUUGCUCACAAGCUCGCAGUACCUCACGUGGCUGCCAAUAUUCGUAGUCUCUUCCUCCUUCUUCUUGGUGGUCCUCUCACCAGUCCACCAUUAUUUGUAUUUGGUGGUGGUGGUGGGCGGGAGGGAGGAACAUUGGCACAAGACGGCGGUGAUUCGCAGUGCUGUGCACGAUUAUGCGCUUGGAUGGAUGCAAUGUUUGUGCCACGCCUAAUUGCCCGCUUUUCCGACCUCACUAUGAGUGCGCCGCUGUCCUGUCUGUCUGGUCCGAACCCACUUUCACCCCGUCCUCCACGGGUCAUCAGUUGUGGUGUUGAUGAUGCUAGUGAAUGGGUAUUUCAGUGUGGUGGUGGUGGUGGUGGUGAUGGGGAUAAAAUCGAAGAAUGGCACAAGAUGGUGUGGGCCUCCUCUCGAAAUUUGGGUGUAGGACGCGCCAUCCGCGUUGCUCGAGACGAGGCGUCCACUUCGAGACAGACAACUCUCCUCUCCUCCAAAAUCGUCAUUGUCUGCUUCUACUUCCCUCCUGGCAAUGUCGCCUCCUACUUCACUGACAACGUGCAUCCUCCGCUGGCGGAGAAGGAGGCUUCCACUCGCCCUACCUCCAAACUCGCAUCCAAGUGCUCACCCUCGCCUCCCAAAACAACUUAG